AUGGCCGGAUUCUUCAACAAGAUUAAAGGCGCGAGCACGCCGUCAACUGCUCAAACUACAAAGGAAGUGGUGGCGAAGAAGAAGGAUGAGAUUCCACCAGAGUUGACCCCGCUUGAGAAGAUGCUGCAGAAUGCGGGACCCUUACGAGAAGAUGCGGCUGACAGGUUUUUUGGCUUCGAAAACGCUUUAUUCUACUCCGACCUAUUCCGCGAAAAUGUAAUCAACUAUCCAUCACUAUCACCAUCAGAUACCCCCAAUGGCAGCCGGCCUCAGGUCAACGUCACCCUCCGCCCACCCAUGAACCCCACGCCAGCGGCUCAGCAGCCGACCAAGAAGGGCAUCAGCACCAAGGAGGCGAUGAAGCAGAGACAGACGCUCAAUAAUGGGCAACCGGCACCCGGCCAGCCUGCGGUCAAGCCUGAGGAUAAGCCAGACACCCCUGAAUACAAGAAGAAACAAGCCAUGCUCAAGGGCCCAAUCCUAGAACUAGCACAGGAAAAUGGCAUGGCAUACGGCAUGGACGAGUGUACCUUUACGGGUCUCAAAGACAUCUUUCUGGCAGUUCUUCAGAGCAGCACCAGGACGGGAGUCUUGAGUCCCCAGCGCUUCCUUGAGAUAUUCAAACGCGAUAACGAAAUGUUCCGAAACUCGAUGCACCAGGACGCUCACGAAUUCUACGGCCUCGUAUUAAACGACGUCAUUGCCAAUGUCGAGGCAAAUGCGAGAAAGACCCAGGAACGUCUGGAAAUCAAGGGUCAAGCCGACCUUACGCAGUCGGUGCAGAAUGCCUUGGGGUCUGCGAUGAUGAACAACUUACCGACGGGCUACCGUACUCCCGGGACAGGCUGGGUCCACGACAUCUUUGAGGGCGUGCUGACCUCGGAAACAAAAUGCCUGACUUGCGAGACGGCAUCACAGAGAGACGAGACUUUCCUCGAUCUGUCCAUUGAUCUCGAAGAGCAUUCAUCCGUGACAUCCUGCCUACGAAAAUUCUCCGCCGAGGAGAUGCUCUGCGAGCGAAACAAAUUCCACUGCGACCACUGUGGCGGCCUACAGGAGGCCGAGAAGCGCAUGAAGGUCAAGAAGCUACCAAAAGUACUGACUCUGCAUCUCAAGCGAUUCAAGUACACCGAGGACUAUAGCCGCCUUCAGAAGCUCUUCCAUCGUGUUGUAUACCCCUAUCACCUGCGCAUGUUCAACACCACAGAAGACGCAGAAGAUCCCGACAGGAUGUACGAGCUCUACGCCGUCGUCGUUCACAUCGGUGGCAAUGCGUACCACGGCCAUUACGUCUCCAUCAUCAAGACCCCUGAUCGUGGGUGGGUUUUAUUCGACGACGAAAUGGUUGAGCCCGUUGAUAAGCACUUUGUCCGCAAUUUCUUUGGCGACAAGCCCGGAAUGGCGACUGCCUACGUCCUCUUUUAUCAAGAAACCACCUUUGAGAAAGUUAGAGAGGAGCAAGAGAGGGAGGGUAUGGAAGAAGUGAAGCUCGCAACACAGGCUGCUAAUGUCGCGCAAGAGGACGGCGUGGCCAAGGAAGAAACCACCCCACUGAAGCGACAAGUGACACAACCCGUCGUGAUGCCGGAACAUGAGUCUCUGGCGAGUCUCGCACAUGCUGCUACUGCUCCUGGGCUGGCAAAUGUACCCUCAUCGCCGAUCAUUGAAAUGCCAGUAGUGAACGAAGCUCCAUCUGCAGGCCUGCCAAGGACAAGUACGUCUAGGGUGGUAGAAACAAAGUCUAAAGACGACUUGAAGAAAGAAAAGAGAGAGCGCGAGGCUGCGGAAAAAGCCGCAGAAAAAGCUGCCAAGCAAGCUGAAAAGGAGAAGGAGAAACUAAAAGAAAAGCAGCUCAAAGAAGAUGAGAAGAAGCGCAGAGAAGAUCACAUCAAAGCUAUGCAAGCCCGAAGAAACGAACAAGAUGAGCUGCAGAAGGCGCUAGAAGCCAGUAAGAAGUCUGCAGCGCAAGAAGAAGCCGUUAGAAAGAAGGAAGACGGCGGAGGCUUUGGAUUCCUGGAUCGGUCCAAGCGAGGCAGCAAGUCCAUGUCGAAGCGCAGCUUUAGCUUCUUCAAGGACAAGAACGGCGCUCUACCCGAUGGCGUGAAUGGCGAUGCCCCUGAAAAGGAGAAGAAAGGACGCAUCAGCAUGGGCCUAGGCAGGAAGAAGAGCACAUCUUUUCUUUCUUAA